AUGCGAAGUAUUAUCGUUCAAAAUAAAACUACACUCUUCUCAGAAGUCGAAGGUUUCACCUACGUAAGGUAUUGCGGGGACGAGAAUCCCUCCGGAGGAUCUCCCACCAUGGAAACUGAACGGACUACAAUUCCCGUCACUUCCCUCACAGAAGACGCAGGCGCAGUGCAAACUCUCCCUUCGCAUCACCCCGCUCUUAUUUAUCGAACGUCACCCGUUGGUAACAUGGCGGAGCAGCGAGCGGAGGAGCUGCACCAGGAGGACACUGCCUCAAAUAGAAAUAUAACUUUCAGUUUUGGGACCGACACAGUUCAGGAUGUUGGAAAUGUCACAGCUGACUUGCGCCCUGAGACUGAAUCAGCAGAACCAAACUUCAGUGCAGCAACCAGCACUGAUGCACAACAUGAAAACUUGUCUGAAACAAUGGAUCCAGCCGCAACAAGUGGAACAGCAGAAAGACACAUCUCCAUUCAACAGUCUCUGGCAGACUUAAAGAAUCUUAUAGAUAUUGAAGGCGCUGGUAAAAAGACCUGUCCUUUGUGUCCAGAAGAAAAGUUCAAGCCCAACUAUAGUCACAAGCUACGAAGACAUUUGCAACAUCUGCAUUGGAAAGUUUCUAUAGAAUUUGAAGGUUAUAGAAUGUGUAUCUGUCAUUUAGCCUGCCGACGAAUGAAAACCAACCUCAAUGGAGAACAGGUUCCGGUACGGAUUGGAGCACACUACCAUUGUAUCGUCUGUUCCGCCACUAUUGCUCGGAGAACAGACAUGAUCAGUCACAUAACACGACAUUUGAACAAAGGAGAUACAGAAGCCAGCUUCACUGGAGCCACUAGUGGGCAAUUGCCAUCCACUGAAGUGAUGAAAGAAGUUGACACUGAUGUUCAUGUAUUUCCAAACCACACAACUCCUCAAAAAACAGACUCUUUCUUCAACCCGAAAAUGAAACCUAACAGACAACUGAUAUUCUGUACUCUUGCUGUUCUGGCUCAAGAACGCAAACCUCUGGAAUGCUUAGAUGCUUUUGGAGCUACAGGAAUUAUGGGGUUGCAGUGGGCCAAGCACCUUGGAGAUGCAGUGAAAGUCACAAUAAAUGACAUAAAUGAAGGCUCUGUGAAGAUGAUUGGAGAAAAUUGUCUUCUAAAUCGAAUGAAGGUGGUGAUGAACAGAAAAGAGGAGGAAGAGGAUGAAGAUGAGGUUGAGGAAAAUGAGGAUAUUUUAGGUACUAUUGAGGUCACACAAAUGGAUGCCAACGUACUCAUGCAUUUGAGAGCGUUUGACUUCAUACACCUUGACCCAUUUGGAACAGCAAUAAAUUACUUUGAUGCUGCCUUCAGAAAUGUGAGGAAUCUUGGAAUCGUUUCUGUGACAUCUACUGACAUCAGCACAUUGUACUGCAAGGCCUUAAAUGUCACCAUGCGCCACUAUGGAUGUAAUAUUGUUCGGACAGAAUACUAUAAAGAAGUGGCAGCCAGAAUGGUCAUUGCUUCUGUGGCAAGGGCUGCAGCACGCUGCAAUAAGGGGAUUGAGGUUCUAUUAGCUGUAGCCCUGGAACACUUUGUUCUGGUGGUGGUGCGGGUGCUCCGAGGUCCUUCCCAGGCAGAUGAAAGCCUGAAGAAAAUCCGUCGCCUGAUCCAUUGUCAAUGGUGUGAGGAGCGGGUCUUCUACAAGAAGUGCCAUAUGCUGGAAGAAAGUGCAUAUCGUCAGCUGCCCUGUGAUUGUCAUGGAAGUAUGCCAGGAAAAACCGCAGUAGAGCUUGGACCAUUGUGGUCAGGAUCAUUGUUUAACACUGGCUUCUUGCGGAGAAUGCUGUUUGAAGCUGUCCAACAUGGAAUUGACGACAUCCAGCCUCUGCUAAAGAACCUGAUCUGUGAAUCUGAAUGCACAACACUGAAGCAUCAUUCAAUAUUUGGGCCAAUGAGCCACAGCAGUCAAGAGGAAAGUGGAGUUGUUAUUAAAACCUUAGCCUCUCAUAAAUCUGGAGUUGAAGAUACAAGCUCAACAUCAUAUUCUGGACAAGCAGAGAAGCGAAAGGGCAUUGAAGUGCCUGGGAACGCAGCAAAACGUCAGAAAGGAGAUAUUCCUGCAGAGCAUCCUCCCUUCUACUAUAGCAUCCAUAGGCACAGUAUUCGAGGAAUGAACAUCCCAAAGAUAAAUAAAUUUCUGCCCUACCUCACACAAGCUGGUUUCCGGGUUGGCCGUACUCAUUUUGACCCAACAGGAAUCCGCACGGAUGCAACCUUGGCACAACUGAAAGCCAUCCUGAUGAAAUACAGUGUGCCAACGCACACUGACAGUCAGCCUGGUGUUCAUAGUCACGCUUCAGCAGAAACCAUUUCAGAACCUGCACAAGCUUCGACUCCAAAGCCACUUGAAGUUGAUCAGCCUGCUGAAGAAGUAAAACCUGAGUCCGGAUAAACUUCUAUGACCCUGCAUUGACCAAAUUGACUGUUGUAGCCCUCUGACCAGGUUGGAUUUGUAGUGUAUCAUUGGGUUCCUGUAUUACUGAAGAACUCGUGGGGGAAAUUCUUAACAUCAUUCUGCAUAAUACUCUGUAAAAUUGAUUAUAACCUUUGUAUAAAAGAACCCACAGUGUAUUAUUCACCAGUAAAUCACUGGAUUUGUACAGGUGCCCUUGAAUAGUAAACAUUAAAGAAGUUGUUCUCCAUUUAGAUAUUUCAUUGGUUCUAUUAAUGUAGCAGUUAUGAACUUUUCAUUGAAGUGUUGUGACACCCCUAAUCUACAUCGAGUGAAUUUUUUUUACCUUUUGAAGUCUAAUGGAAAUAGCUUUCAAAAAAAUGUUUUUAAUAAUAUAUUGCACUGCAGGUAUGUUAUUUUUCUAUUUUUUUUCCAUUAAGCAAUAAUUCAAAACCACAAGCAAUUGCACAAAAGAAAUUUCCUACUGGAGUUUAGCACUGCACUGCCAAUAAACACCAAUCCCACCAAUGGAGUCGUUUUAUGCUUCUAAUUUGGACCUUGUUUUCAAGGUAAAAAGGAAGCUAGUUCAAACUGAAACCCAGAAAUCAAUUAGUUUCCUUUUAUAUGUCUAUUUAUCUGUUGUUUUUGCAAAUUUGUUGAAAAGCAAGAUUUUGAUUCAGCAACCAUCUUAAAAGCUUUAAGCUUAAAAAAGUCUGCUUCAGAUUUUGGUUGCUGGAAUAAUACUUUUUUUUACAUUUGUUGUGAAUCAUUUUUCUGCCUGGUGUGAAUGCUUUGCAAUUUUGUGAGAUGCUAAAAUUCUGGUUGGCCUCCAUAAAUGGGGUGUUAAUGUGUUUCUCUGUAAUUGUCGCUAAGUGUUGAGAAUUCAUGAUACUGGAUGUGUUUGUGUUAGACUUUCUCAGAGUGAAUAAAAUUAUUAAUACUAG